AUGUUUUCUUUCAAAGGCUACGGCAAAGUGGAUGAAGCCGAGCAGGCAAAGCUGGAGGCUCGCCGGAAAACCCAAAAGAGAAUCACCAUCAUAGCCUUAUGCUCCAUUAUCCUUGUCGGAGUUAUGGUUGCGGCGGCGGUCGGAACCAGAAGAGGUAAUUCCAGUGCCAAAAGCGGCGGCGCAGACCAACUGAUCGCAACGUCUAUGAAAGCCGUCUGCGACAUUACCUUGUACCCGGAGACAUGUUACAGCAGCCUUGGUUCUUUAGCAAACUCCACGCAGAUUGAGCCUGUCGUGGUCUUCAAGUUGGCGAUACAGGCGGCCAUGACUGAAGUGUCGAAUGCUGCUAAACGCUUGUCUGAGUCUGGCGCUCUUGGCAGUGCCGCCGCCAACAACAUGACGACGAUUGCUUUGGAGAACUGUCAAGAACUUUUGAGCCUUGCAAUGGAUCAUCUCAAUGACACAUUGUUGGCCGGUUCGGUUUCGUUACUUCAAGUCAUGGAUGAUCUCAAAACGUGGCUAAGUUCUGCAGCUACUUACCAAGAGACGUGCAUAGACGGGUUUGAGAACGCAAAUGGAACGAUGUCAUUAAAGGCGGCCAUUGCCAAUCAUCUAAAGAAUUCUACCGAGACAACCAGCAACGGGCUUGCCAUAACCACAUGGAUUUCCGGCGUCUUGGGCUCUCUGAAGCUAAGAAGGCUAAUGAGUUUCUCCGACGAGCACGACGGAGAGCCGAAAUGGCUGCAUUCAAAAGAUCGGAAGCUGCUUCAAAAUCCAGAUUUGAGAACAAUGGCAAGAAUUGUCGUGGCGCAAGAUGGAUCGAGCACGUACAAAACAAUCACGGCUGCUUUGCAGGCUGUUCCAGAUAAGAGCGACCAGAGAUUCGUGAUCUACGUGAAGAGUGGAGUUUAUAACGAGAACGUGGAGGUCGGGAAGAACAAGUGGAACGUUGUGAUGGUCGGUGAUGGAAUGACUUCAACGGUUGUUUCCGGGAGUCUCAACUUUGUCGACGGGACUCCGACCUUCAAAUCUGCAACAUUUGCUGUUUACGGGCAAGGCUUCGUCGCUCAAGACAUGGGAUUCCGCAACACCGCCGGCGCAAUCAAGCAUCAGGCGGUGGCGCUGAUGUCAAACUCCGACAAAUCAAUCUUCUACCGGUGCCACUUCGACGCAUUUCAAGACACCCUCUACGCACACACAAACCGACAGUUCUACAGAGACUGCAACAUUUACGGAACAGUAGAUUUCAUUUUCGGAAAUUCCGCUGUUGUCCUUCAGAGCUGCAACAUAUUUCCCAAGCUUCCGAUGCCGGGGCAGAAGAACACCAUCACAGCUCAAGGCAAAACCGACCCGAAUCAGAACACCGGAAUCUCAAUCCACGAUUGCACCAUAUUGCCCUAUGGGAACUUGACAUCUGUCAAGACAUACCUCGGACGGCCGUGGAAGGACUUUUCGACGACCAUGAUCCUCUGCAGCAAUCUGGGGAGCUUGAUCGACCCCACCGGAUGGUUACCGUGGGUAGGCACGUCAGCUCCGAGCACCAUAUUUUAUGCUGAGUAUGGAAACUACGGUGCCGGUGCUUUUACGAAGUAUAGAGUGAAGUGGACGGGGCUGAAAAGCAUUGACAGUACAAUCGCCGGCAGAUUUACGGUGGGUUCAUUCAUCAACGGGAACAACUGGAUACCGGCGUCCGGUGUACCGUUCAAAUUGGGCCUUUGA